UUUGUAUAUUUUUGAAACUUCGUUACCUUUUUAAGUCAUUUUCCAUUCUUUGAAUGUAAUGGAAAUUUAGCUACUUUUUAUAAAGAACCCUCCACUUCACUUCGGCCACUAUUGUUCUUCAUCGCCACCCUCCACCGCUAUGGCAAAACCCUUUUUCUUAUUCUUCCUCCUAAUCAUCUGCCUACUUUCAUCAACACCGGAAUCUCGCUGGCCACCUCCAUUUCUCGGCAAAUCCCCACGGCUUCUCAAAACCCAAAACAUUCUUGUUCAGCCGAAGUACACUUACGAGACACGAUACUUUGAUCAGACUCUUGAUCAUUUCAGCUUCAAUGGUCUUCCCAAGUUCCAACAACAUUAUCUCAUCAACUCCGAUCACUGGGUGGGCGCAGGCCCUAAUCGUUUGGGUCCAAUCUUCCUUUAUUGCGGCAACGAAGGCGACAUCGAAUGGUUCGCUGCCAACACCGACUUCGUUUGGGAACUCGCCCCUCGUUUUGGUGCCAUGGUCAUCUUCCCCGAACAUCGAUAUUAUGGUGAAUCGAUGCCAUAUGGAAGCCAGAAAGAGGCAUACAAGAACGCUUCUACUUUAGCCUAUCUAACAGCCGAACAAGCACUUGCUGAUUACGCUCUUCUCAUCACCGAUUUGAAGAGAAAUUUGUCAGCCGAAGCGUCACCUGUAAUCUUGUUCGGCGGAUCAUACGGUGGAAGUAAGAUCUUUUCCAACAAUUUCAACAAAAAUUAA